UCCGCCCUGGCAUUUAGGAGUUGCGGCUGGUGAUCGCGAGUGGGAGCUGGAGCCGUCCGUGGGUAGGGAGUGUUCCACUGCCGCUAUGUCCCACUCGGUGGUCCUGCGUGGCCCUUCGCCGUGGGGUUUUCGUUUGGUGGGCGGUAAAGAUUUCAGCGCCCCGCUGACCAUCUCCAGGAUUAACCCUGGAAGUAAAGCAGCCAUGGCAGACCUAUGCCCAGGAGACACUAUUUUGGCAAUCAAUGGAGAGAACACGGACAACAUGACACAUCUAGAAGCACAAAACAAGAUCAAAGCGUGUGUGGACCAGCUGCUGCUCUCUGUGAACAGAGCCGAAGGGAAGACGUGGUCACCCCCUGUCCUGGAAGAUGGCAAGGCUCAAGCGUACCGGAUCAACAUCGAGCCAGACUCUCAGGACAGUGGCCCUGCCCAGAGCAGGAGGUCAAUUCCCCAUGGAUCUGAGGGCAGCCCCAUGGACAACAAGCAGAUGCUGAAUGUGCAGCAUCACCAACCAACCCGGCUCCAUGUGAACAACAGCUCUGAGUCAGCGCUUCCAGGCCAGCUGAGUGGACUCCACAUCACUCCUGCCCACAGCAUUGACCCCGUGAAGUCUCUCCCACGGAACAGAAAUGGGAUUGAUGUGGAGUCAGAUGUCUACAAAAUGCUUCAGGAUUAUGAAAAGCCCAUUUCAGAGCCAAAGCAGUCGGGAUCCUUCCGAUACUUACAGGGAAUGUUGGAGGCCGGUGAGAAUGGUGAAAAACUCGACAAACUGAGCAACCCCCGAAACAUCAAGCCCCCGGUGCCAAAGCUUGGUGGUCCCAUGUCCGGGCUGCAGAUGCUUCCCGAGUGCACCCGCUGUGGGAAUGGGAUUGUGGGCACCAUCGUCAAGGCUCGGGACAAACUCUACCACCCCGAGUGCUUCAUGUGCGACGACUGUGGCCUCAACCUGAAGCAGAGAGGGUAUUUCUUCAUUGAGGAGCAGCUGUACUGUGAGACGCACGCCAAGGAGAGGGUUAAACCCCCCGAGGGAUAUGAUGUGGUCGCUGUUUAUCCAAACGCUAAAGUUGAACUCGUCUAAGCCUGGGCUGUGCUCUGGAGAGGUCGGGUGUGCCCACCCACGUUCUCCUGCCAGCUGUGAGCAGCGGGGCUGUAAUCAACUCCGAUUACCAAAGCCCAAGUUAAAAUGCUUUUUCCUAGAUAAAACCAUUUACACUUGGGAUCUCUGGAGAAUGGUGUUGAAAGCAUUCAAACAGGUUUUCCCUUCUUUUUGGCACUCUGCUUUUUGCUGUGUUGGGUUAUUAGUCUGUGCUAUAGUCUUAUCCAAGAUCUGUGUAAAUAUUGAUUAAUUCUCUACUCUGUUUCAUAUAAAAACCUGUAUUCCUUUUUUUUUUUCUUUUUUUUUUUUUUUUUUUUGUGCCCUCCUUCUACUGAAGAUGUUUUAGAAGAUGUUUUAAAAGCUCAAAGAAAAUAAGGCACUUUAGCAAAAGAAGCUGUCUCUUAUGUCCUGACCCUAAUCUUCUGUCCUGUGGCUGCCCCAGUGAUUAAAAACCAAUCCCUGAGAGUCAGGACGAUACCAGUGGGUGCCUCAGUCAGCUGCAUCCCAGCAGAUGUGUCAAGGAAGGGUGGUCUCUUAAAGCAGUAAUUAUAGUGAAACUCCCUGGACCAGGGCAGUGCAGUUUGAAGCUGACACGGACUGAUUUGAGUUCCCCAAGAGAUCUCCACACUGAGUGUGUGAUGAGGUUUUUUUCUUCCUUCUUCUACUCCUAAUUCUAUUGUUCUGUCAUCUAAUCACUCAAGCACACCUUGAAAGGACACUGCAGUAGUCUGGAGCACCCUUUGAUUAUCCCUACUUCUGCCCACAGAUGCCUUUGCUUUGGCCAUUGUGACUGUUCCCCAGUUUUUGCUAUAGUUUUGCAGUCCUUUAUUUCUAGAUCCUCAGAUCACUGCUAUCUGGGUCUGCCUCCCAGCAGGGAGGGGGUGAUAAAAUCCCUCCAGGCACUUAGGGAAUAACUGGAGCUUGGGUGAGCCCCAAGUCCCAGGGCGGCAGGAUUAGUUUUAUACCCAUCUCCCAAGGCUGUGCCUUCAGCCACAUCCAUCAUCCACUUUAUUUGACAGGGAAGAGAUUUUGUGGAUCUUGAAAUGUUGCUUUGUUAGAGAAAUGUGGGUUUUUUCAUGUUAAUACUUGGAGGAAGGAGAGAGAGAGUUGAGUUGCUCAGCUGCUGAGUACUGCUGUGCAAGGUGAUGGGAGCUGUGUCUUUGCUACCAUGAGGUUACUUCUGCUUUGCAACAGCCUCACUUUGAGAGCCUCACCCCUUUCCCUCCUGGUUCUCCAUAAGAGGGAAAACUGUGGAUUGGAGGAGGGUUGGGAGCAUGAUCCUAGUUGGGGCUGAGCAGGUAAUUUCUUCCUACAGGUUCUGCACCCCAGAAGGAAUUUUAGGGUGUUACUGGUCUCCAUCUAGAUCUCUUCAUGCAGUGCUUUACAGAGAUGCAGCAGCUCCUGCCCUGCGUCCCGCAGCCUCCCAGCAGCCCUGGGCUCCCUCCAGCUGGGUACCACAGGGAUGCUGGCUGUGUGCAUUCCUGCUAGCAGCCGGACAUCCAUCUCCCCCUCCUUCUGCCAUCAGGAAUUUUUAAUUAUUAAAUUACAAGAAACAUGGAAAUUUUUAUCACAGAGCUGAACCAUGUUUUUCUUGUAUUUGCAUGACCUUGCUUGGUCAGUUGGACUCUCUGAAGGGGAAUGUUUGGGACAAGUGUAAAUGAGGAGACUAAUGGUAAUCAGGUGGGAAGCAUUACUGCCCUGGUUUGCAGGGCUCUACUUGGAGCUCCUUAGGUUGCCAUUGUUGGAAACAUUUAUUCUGAAUUCCUCUGUUAUCCUUACACAUAGCCGGUUCGAGCUCUGGUGCCUGUAGCUUGAGAGUUCGGGCUUCACCCAAAUAGGAUUGAAUACAGCUCAGCUGCAUGAUGGAAAACUCAACGUGAAUGGCACAGGGUGCCUUUCCCCCUUUUCCAGGCAGACAUUUGGACCUGCCAGUGGUGCUGUUUGUCACUCCCUGAGGCUUUUGUCCCCAUUUGACUCCACCUGCAUGGUGGCCAUAUCCUUCAGGAUGCCAGGAGUCAGCAGCCCUGAUACAGGGAAUGCCAAGAAGUUCUUAAGUUGGUUCAUUGCCCUCAUUUUAAACACCCAGCUGAGCCAGGGCACCCUUGGUGGUCUUGCUUGGCUGGCACACCAGUACAGCACUGGGAGUGCUGGGCAUGGAGCCAUUCUUUUAAUUUGAUCCCAGGUUCCCUCAAAUGAGUAUUUCCACAUGGCCUCUCAUGAUACCCUUUCUUAGGAGUAAUCAAUUCACUUGAUCCCCCUGCAGAGCUUGGAGCUGCCUCACACAGGCCCAUCCCAGGGCACAUGGUUUCCUGGCUUCAGGCCACCCCAUUACUGUUGUGAGGCUUGCAGGAACAGCCACAGGCAAGUGUCACCUUCUGUGUCACCAGAUAAUGCUGUUAAACUCUGUAAAAUAUGGGGAGGGUGCUGUUUGUAUGAAACAAAAAAAUAAAAUUGUAUUAUGGGUUUUGUCUGA